UUUUUUUUUUGAAGAAUAAGUGUUUCUAAGGCAGCAAAAAUCACAAAUAUACCAAGAAGCACAGCGUACGAGUUAAAAAAAAAAACCAUGGAAUCAAAGUGAUGGAACAGUUUACCUCUCAGGUUAUUUUAAAAAAAAAUCAAAAGCCAAACCUGAUAUAACACUCCCCCGUAAUACAAAACUAAAGACAGUGCAUACAAUGUAUCUGAUCGAACAGGUAAAUCUAAACGCUAAUGAUUCGACGAAACUACUUUGUUCUAAACUUGAAGAAUUAUCGAUUUCUAACUCUGCGGUAAGAAACCAUAUGGUAAACCAACUGCAAGCUUUCUCUCAAAAAUACCAAGCUAUACAAUCUUUGGAAAAGAUUCUGAUAAAACAGUAAAAUUACGAUAUGAUUUUAAUAUUGCUAGUACAUAUUAUAUGACAAACUGUGUUUUUGUAGACAAAGAUGGCUUCAAUACUCAUCAAACAAUAAUUCAUCACUGGUACAAAGUAGGUGUACCUGUUGUUGCCAAGUUGCCAAAAAAAAAAAAUGAAGGUGUCAAUAUAUCUAUUAUCGGAUGCAUUUCCUCAUGGAGAAUUAUAAAUUUUUAUAAAGUGGAUCCACUCAAACCAAAUGAUGCGGAGAAGAUUGAAAAGGAGUUUCCUUUACCUGACAAUAAGAAAAAGAAAAGGAGAAGAUAAAAACAGGACACCAAAAAGAAAAAUAAAUAAAGAUACGACUGCCUAUCAUGUUGUAAAAUUCAUUGAGCAAACCAUGGAUAUACUGGAUCAGCAAGGAAAACAUAGUGUUUGCAUUGUUAUGAAUAACUGCAGGAUUUCAUCAUUCAUAAUUUGUUACAGAAAAUAUAAAUAAAUGUGGUUAUAGGCCCUUAUUUAUGCCCAUCUUAUUUGCCUUUAUUAAAUCCUAUUGAAGAAUGCAUCCUUUAUCAGAGAAUGACCAAUUAACUCGAAGGAUAGCGACUGUUUGUAAAACGGUCUCAGUAGAAGAUUGCCAAGGACAGGUCAGGUAUUCAGUAAGCUUUUGGACCGCUGUCUGGUUAAAGAGCAUAUUCUUUCCUGAAUAUAGUUUAAAAUAAAAUCUGAUUUUUUUUUUAUCAAGCACAUGUCUAAAUAAAAUUUUUAUAUGACCAAGUAUUUGUCCAAAUUAAGUUAAAAAGAAA